CCUUAUAAAAUAUCAUUUUUACCGGAUCUUUCGCCUGUAGCCUGACGAUACAUUGCAUAUCUUAUGACGGUAUAAAGUAUCGGUGUAUGGUGGAUUAGUUCAAACACUGGAAUGCUGUAAACAUUAUAUCUUUGUAGUCGUUUUAUAAAUCCUUAUUGAUAGUUAUAUUUGAUUUCUUAUAACCAUGGCUACUAAACGUACAGCAACUACAGAGCUAAAUCAUGAAAAUUGGAAUGAAGAAAAUGAACCUGAAGAAGCAGGAACAUUUACAAAGGCCUCAGAUGAAGUUCUUCAGAAAAGAGUAAUUAAAGCUGCUAGGCGUAGACUGAAUUCUAAAGAUGAAGCAGGCAAAAGUGCAUUUGGUGGAUUUACAGGUUUCAAAACUGCAACUACAACGAGUUCAUCAUCUCCAUUCAGUUUCUUAGCCUCUACGAGUAAUACAUUACAAUCGAUAUCUUCAUCAACAUCAAACUCAAAUAGUGAAUCUAAUAAAAAUUCGGAAAAUGGAACUAGUAAGACAGAAAGUACUCAACAAGUCAAAUCACCAUUAGCUGAAAAAGAUAAAGAUCAGUCGGAACAAGAAAAUGAAAAAGUUUCGAAAAAAUCUUCAGAAUACUUUGCACAAUUAAAAGGAUUAAAUGAAAGUGUAGCGCAGUGGAUUAAAACACACGUAGAUGAAAAUCCAUUUUGUAUUUUAACACCUAUAUUUAAUGAUUAUACUAAUUAUUUAAAUGAAAUAGAAUUAAAAUACGGAAAUGAAUGUAAGAAUUCUAAGAAACAGGAUGAACAAACUUCAUCUGCAAUGGACAAUACUAGUAAAAAUGAUAGCAAAGAUGUUAAUAAUAAGAAGAAGGAGAAUGAUAAUAGUGCAGAAGGUACAAGUAAAAAAUCAUUUUCUGGACUAUCAGAUUGGAAACCAGAAAAAUCAAUCUUUGAAAAUGUCAAACUAAAUGCUAAGUCAAUAUUUGCUAAUACAGACCAAACACCGGAAACUCCUAAAUCUAUUUUUAGUAAGACGGAACAACUUACUAAUGUACAAAAACCAAUUUUUGGUAAUGUAGACACAAAUACAUCCAGUAAAAGUAUAUUUGACAAAGGAAGCCCUGAAAAAAAUCCACUAUCAAAUAAGCCAACCGCAAAUUCAGAACUUAAAGAUAAUAAUGAAUCUAAAUCUGAUAAAGUAGGCAGUGGUUUUUCAUUUACAUCUUCUAAUUCAGCUACAUUUAGUUUCGGUCAAAAUUCUACAACUACUAAUCCAUCUGCUGGUUUUAGUUUUGGAAAUACAAAACCAUUUUUUUUUGGUGCUCAAGUCGCUAAAGCACAACAAGAUAAUGAAGAAAACCAAUCUGACAAUCAAUCUAAAGAUGAUGAUUCUGAGGAACAACCUCCAAAACCGGAUUUUAAACCAGUUACCGAAGAAGGAGCAGUCUUCGAACAAAGAUGCAAGGUAUUUAUUAAAAAAGACGGAAAUUUUAGUGAUAGAGGAAUAGGAACAUUAUUUUUAAAACCAACGCCAAAUGGAAAGACGCAGUUAAUAGUACGAGCAGAAAAUUCAUUGGGAAAUUUAUUAUUAAAUACUUUAUUAACCGAAAGUAUUCCAACACAACGUCUGAAUAAAAAUACCAUAAUGUUGGUUUGUCUGCCAGAUUCUCAACCUCCACCUACACCAGUUUUGUUAAGAGUAAAAACUAGUGAAGAAGCAGAUGUUUUACUAGAAACUUUAGAUAAACAUAAAAAAUAAAUAACAAAUAAAAUAGAUAUCUAGGUAUUAUAUUUGACUCCGAAAAAGAGCAUAAAAUAAUAAAAAAGGAGACGUGUUAAUUGUUGCAUCAUCUUAUAGUCUUGCUAUGUUAUGUUACUAUCUUUUAUGAAAAAAAAAAAAAAA